AGAGCAGAUCAUCAGAGUCAGACUCUAGGGGAUGCUGAGUUGAGGGGCCAGAGCAAGGAGUGGGGCCACCUCAUCACGUCAGCCAUAAGCUCCGAACAGUCGCCGCUGCUUUGCACCGAAUUAAUGAAAUAAGGAAGUAACUGAAGAAAAAAUUGAGGGGAAGUAGAUGAGAGAAAACAAAAAAGAAUAAUUUAGAAGAAGAGAAGGUAGGUUGCAUCUGUGCUCAGUUCAAGUCUCUGGAAGGCAGCUGGCAUUUGCUGAGCACCAGAGAGACAAGCCAGGCAGGCAGGACAUGCGGCUGCUCCCGGUUGUGAUCCUUCUCAUCGUCCAAGGCCACUUCUCCACCUGCGUGCAUAGAACGGUGAGAGGCACGGCAAUGGGCACACUGACCGUGCACUGUACAUAUGGGCAGGGGUGGGAAUCCUACAAGAAAUGGUGGUGUCGUGGGUACGAGUGGGAUUCCUGCAAAAUCCUUGUUAAAAGCACCGGGUCAGAGCAACUGGUGAAGAAGGGCCGAGCAUCCAUCCAGGACAAUCACAGCUGGCGCAUAUUCACCGUGACAUUGGAGGAUCUCUGGUAUGACGAUGCAGACACCUACUGGUGUGGGAUUGAGAAAGCUGGCAAUGACCUGGGGUACAAAGUAUACGUGGAUGUUGACCCAGCCCCUGAUCCAACAGACUCUCCCAAGCCUGUAGCAAGAACACCAGCCGGUCGAGCUUCCUCUCCUCCUUUUACCCAGGGCAUCAACAGCAGCCAGCCUAUUGUUCUGAUCAACCCCCACAGCAGGUCGGGGAUCUUGGCCUUCAAUGUAGCAGCAGAGAAUCCUCCUGUGUGGAUCCUCCUGGUACCUUCUUUCCUUGCCACACUCAAGUGGCUCUGCCAAGGAUAAAUAACUAUUACAUCGUUCAGGAGUCUGGCCAAUGAUGGGUUUUCCAAUUCCAGACCAACCAGUAAGCAUAAAACCUGGAUUAAAUCAACAAGUUCCAGAGUGUGUCCACAAGGACAAAGACCCCCAAUGGGCCAGCUGCUCAGAGGCCCGCCGAUUCCACCUUCUGCUGCAUCAGUGCCUCCAAGAAAGAAUUCCUUGAACGUAAAAGAUGGAAAGCAGGGUUGGACCAUCGCCCGACCCACAUCUGACCUGUUUGCCCUGUAUAUUCCCUAUUAAAAUCUUUGGCUUUCUUG